AUGUCACGACGGACUCAACAACGCGAUGCCAUUCGCCAGACCUUCGAGACCACCGACCGGCCGCUCGGGCCGCAGGAGGUGCUCGAGCUCGCUCAGCGCGAUUUGCCCCGGCUCGGCCUGGCGACGGUCUACCGCAACAUCCGCAAGCUGGUCGAAGAAAAAUGGCUGCACGCAGUAGGAUUGCCCGGCGAGCCCGAUCGCUACGAGGUGGCCGGUAAAUCGCACCAUCACCACUUCCACUGCCGGCGCUGUGACGGUGUGUUCGAUGUCGAGGGCUGUCCGGGCGACAUGGGAACGAUCUCGCCAAACGGCUUCGUGCUCGAGUCGCACGAGAUCAUCCUCUACGGGCUCUGCGCCACCUGCUCGGCAGCUUGA